CUCUCUCUCUCUCUCUCUCUCUCUCUCUCUCUCUCCUUUCUCUCUCUCCGCGCAGUGUGAGUGUGUGUCUUGCAGGAGCGAGAGAGAACAUGUCGCCCUCGUCCUCCCUCGCCCGACACCGCUGAGGCCGAGCGCUGCGCUCCCGACUCCUAAUAAUACAUAUACGUGUCGUGCAGCAGAGUCAGCCUGUGUCGCGCUCCAGUCGUGCAUCGUAGAAGCUCGCGCGGCCCGAGUGCAGGAUGGGCCUCGUGGGGAGCCGGCUGGCCGAGGCCGAGCCUCAGGCCAAUCAUCACCAUCAGCGGGAAUUCGCCUCAGCGAACAUCAAGAACUGCCAGCCGUAUCUCAGCCCCGUCGGCGGAGGAUGCGGCGGCAGCCUCAACAGUUCCGGGACGACCGGCUCGCAGCACACGAGGACCGGCAGCGUGCGCGGCGCGCCCAGGCAGCCCAUGCCCGACGCCCAGGAGCUCGAGCGCCGCUUCACCAAAGUCCUGGCCUCGAUGGAUCUCCCACCGGACAAGGCGAAGCUCCUGAAGCAGUACGACAAUGAGAAGAAAUGGGACAUCAUAUGUGAUCAAGAAAGGGUACAAGCGAAAGAUCCGCCGUCUCACUACCUGGCGAAACUGCGGACCUACCUGGACCCCAAGGCAUCGAGAAGUCAUCGAUCGUAUCGUUUCCUUACGUUCUUCCAGAAGAGGAAGAUGGUCGGCGAGUCGACCUCGACGCAAGUACUGCGGGACCUGGAGAUCUCCCUGCGCACAAAUCACAUCGAAUGGGUCAGGGAAUUCCUGGACGAGGAGAACCAAGGCCUCGACGCCCUGAUAGACUACCUCAGCUUCAGAUUGCUGAUGAUGCGGCACGAGCAGAGGCUUCUCGAGUCACGAGCCAACUCCGAGGAGAGAAUCCAGGCGACGACGGGAACGGGUGACAACUCGCCGCUGAAUAACGGAUGCCUGAGACCGCCGCUCCACGAGCUGAAAGACAGCCCCGGCGUGAAGAGGCGCUCGAGGCACGUCGCGCGGCUCAACAUGGGGGAGGCUAAGGACGACAUCCACGUGUGCAUACUCUGCAUGCGCGCCAUCAUGAAUAACAAGUACGGCUUCAACAUGGUCAUCCAGCAUCGGGAGGCCAUCAACUGCAUCGCCCUGAGCCUGAUGCACAAGAGCUUGAGAACAAAAGCCCUCGUGCUGGAGCUGCUGGCAGCCAUCUGCCUCGUGAAAGGAGGCCACGAGAUCAUACUCUCGGCGUUCGACAACUUCAAGGAGGUCUGCUCGGAGAGGCGGAGAUUCACGACCCUCAUGGAGUACUUCACCCAGUACGACAGCUUCCACAUCGAGUUCAUGGUGGCUUGCAUGCAGUUCGUCAACAUCGUCGUCCACUCGGUCGACGACAUGAACUUCCGGGUGCACCUGCAGUACGAGUUCACCAAGCUCGGCCUCGACGAGUACCUCGAGAAGCUCCGGCACACCGAGAGCGAAGAUUUGCAGGUUCAAAUCUCGGCGUACUUGGACAACGUGUUCGACGUGGCUGCUCUGAUGGAGGACAGCGAGACCAAGACCGCCGCUCUGGAGAAGGUGGCCGAGCUGGAGGACGAACUCGGACACGCGCACGACCGGAUGGGCGAGCUCGAGAGGGAGUCCUUGGCGAAGCUGGCGGAGCUCGAGACGGAGCUCGGCGCGCUGAAGGUCGAGUACGCCGAGGCGCUGGAGGCUCGCAGACUCGUCGAAGAGGAGCUCGCCGCGCUGAAGAAGCAGCGCCAGGACUCCGCCAGGAGGCAGAGCGUCCUGGAGAGCAAAAUCAUCGAGCUGGAGACCCUCACCGGCACGCUCACCAAGGGCUCUUCGGCCGCCAAUCUCCGAAACGGCUCGGCUGCGACCUCGCCAGUUCGGGACGGGCCGGUGCCGACGACCAAUUCGACGUCGUCGCCGCCGCCGCCGCCGCCGCCGCCGCUGCCGCCCCCGGAACUCGUCGCACCUCCAGCGCCGGCCCCGCCGCCGCCCCCCUGCCCGCCGCCGAUGCCCAGGGAUCCCGCGAGCUCGGGCAACCACAAGCCGCCGCCGCCCCCCGCCCCGAUCCCGCCGCCGCCCGCCGGAAUGAUGCAGGCUCCCGACGGCGCGAUGACCAUCAAACGAAAGGUUCAAACGAAAUACAAGCUCCCGACAUUGAAUUGGAUCGCCCUCAAACCCAACCAAGUGCGGGGCACCAUCUUCAAUGAGCUGGACGACGACCGACUACACAGCUACAUCGAUUUCACGGACUUCGAGGAGAGAUUCAAAAUCGGCUUGGGCACUCACCUGACGAAUGGCACCAGCGAAAUCGACGGCCUUCAAAGCUUCCCCAGCAAAAGGUUCAAGAAGCCCGAGAACGUUUCGCUCCUCGAACACACCAGGUUGCGAAAUAUCGCGAUCUCGAGGAGGAAAAUGGAGAUGCCGGUAGAGAAAGUCAUUACGGCAGUCAAUGCACUCGAUCUUAAGGUUCUUUCGCUCGAGAACGUGGAAUUGCUGCAAAGAAUGGUGCCGACGGAACAAGAAACGAAAGCGUACCGAGAAUACAUUAUCGAGAAGAAGAAUGUGAACCUCUUAACCGAGGAAGACAAAUUCCUGCUACAGCUUGGCAAAGUCGAAAGAAUAUCUACGAAAUUGUCCAUCAUGAACUACAUUGGGAACUUCUUCGACAACGUGCACCUCAUCGCUCCCCAAAUACACGCUGUGAUAUCUGCAUCGAGUUCGGUCAAGUGUUCAAAGAAAUUACGGGCCGUUUUAGAAAUAAUUCUUGCCUUUGGAAAUUAUCUGAAUAGCAGUAAGCGUGGCCCCGCUUACGGUUUCAAGCUGCAAAGUUUGGAUACACUUUUGGAUACCAAGUCGACUGACAAACGGAUGUGCCUUCUGCACUAUAUUGUGGCAACGAUAAGACUCAAAUUUCCUGAACUCGUGAACUUUGAAUCCGAAUUAAUGUACAUCGAUAAGGCUGCGACAGUGUCUCUUGAGAAUGUAACGACCGACGUGCACGAAUUAGAGAAAGGAAUGGACCUCGUUCGCAAGGAGUUCGAAUUGCGAGGCAAGGAGAAACACAAUACGGUGCUUCGAGAUUUCCUUAACAAUUCCGAAGAAAAGCUGCGCCGCUUAAAAUCCGAUGCCCGCAUCGCCGGAGAUGCUUUCAGGGAAUGUGUCGAGUUCUUCGGCGAAAGUCCCAGACAAGCUGAUGCUAAUACGUUCUUUUCGCUUCUCGUUCGAUUCGCGAGAGCAUUUAAGGCUGCAGAUCAAGAGAAUGAACAGCGUCGAAGAUUAGAAUUAGCGGCAGCGGAAGCUUUGAAUACCUCGGAGGAAGUUAUCAAAAGGAACAAAUUGAACCAAAAGAAGCAACAGGAUGCUGUUAUAAACGAGUUGAAGAAUAAAACCAGAUUGGUUCAAGAGAAGAAACUGUUGCAGCAAGAUGAGGUUUACAACGGAGCACUCGAAGAUAUCCUUCUAGGCCUGAGGUCGGAGCCUUAUCGUAGAGCCGACGCUGUCCGACGGAGUCAGCGUCGACGCAUUGAUAACCACAGACUUUCUCGUACCGCCGAAGAAUUAGAAUUGUAAUUUAUUAUAUCCUAAUUUUCUUUUUUGUUUUCCUUACGAGACAUUUCAUGACAAUUGUCUUUCUAGUGUACAAAGUGUACAUAUAAAAAGCUUAAAAGUACAUAUCAACUGGGACAAGUUGAGUGUAGUGUGAAAAUUGUCUAUUUUUCAAAACUGCGUAAAACUAGGUUUUGAAAGGUAUCUUGAUAUUUUUGACUUUUCAUUGAAAAUGCACAAGUCAUUAUAUUGGUGCUAGAAGCUGUAUAGAAAGUAACGAAUUUAUUGACCUGUGUAUAUCUCUUAUUAUACACAUACGUAAAGGCGGACACUGCUAAUCAGUCAAAAUAUCGGCAGAUUUUUGAAAGAUCUAAUAGUGCGAUCAUGUAUUUUAAUAAUACUACAUAUUAUAAGUCAGAAGAAAUAGAUGAUGUCAUGUAGAAACAAAUGUAUUGUAUAAAGAAGAGUAAUUUCUUAUGCAGCGUAGUUCGGAUGAACGUUAAUUUAUACGAUUUCUUUCUGAUUUAUUAAACAGCAAGAUUUUAUUGUUUUCUUGAUAUUAUUAAUUAAUUUUGUUCGAAAUCAAGCGUUAAGGGCCCUCGAUCAUGUCGUUAUAGAUAUACAGCGAUCGAGGAAAUUGUCCGUCUCUUUGCAAUGCAUUUUUGAACAAAUUGCUAUACCUAGGAUCUUGAAAAAACACGCUCUUGCAAUGUAUAACUAGCGAUUUUGUCGCCGCCAUUUUUCUGACCGCGAAUUAACUUUAUACUCCCAAUACACUUUGCGCGCGGAAACGAGCUGAAAUGCCUCCGUAAGCUAGAAAAUUUACAAAAAAUAAAAAUAAAAAUACAUCGCAUCAAAGAGACCCUCCCGUACGGACGAUUUUCUUAUUUACUAUAUAUGCAAAAGUUUACUAUAGCUGCAUGCUCGAGAGCCGUUAAACUUAUUAAAUUUAUUCCUUGUUGGCUGUUAAGAAAUUUUUAAAAGAUUUAUUUCUUAUUGAUAUAAACUUUUUCUAAUUAUGGCUCUCUUCAUAUUUAUGUAAAUUAGUCAUCGUUUGAUGUAAACAUUCCGACUAUUUUUUUUAUAUAUUUGAAUGCCUAUUUAGGCGUCCAUUAUGAUACCGAUUCCGUCAAAAAAUCAAUUUAUAAUAGUAUAUGUAUCACGCAACAAUGAUGAAAGUGCAAUUUCGCGCUCUAAUGUGAUUCAACGCAUACGGAUGUCAAUCGAAAUGAAAACGAAUAAUUUUCUAUUAUGCGCAUAAAUAAGCUCAAAUUGCACGCAAUAUAUUCUGAUAUUUUGUGCUUAAACAUCUAGAUUUUACGCGCAGUAUAUAAAAAGAAGGCUAACUUUCAAACUUAUUUAAAACAGAUUUUUCAAGAAAGUGUGCUAUUCUUAUAUUUUACUAUACACAAAGAAAGAUUUGAUACAUACAAGAAUACUAAGUAUAAAGAUGUUUGUACACCCGUACAUCAAUUUUUAUAUAUCGGAUGAAUAUUGCCAUUAUACUGAAGAGUAAUACAUUCCUUUGAAAAGCUCAGGUUAUAUAUAUAUAUAUAUAUAUAUAUAUAUAUAUAUAUAUAUAUAUAUAUAUAUAUAUAUGCAGUAUCUAGAAGCACAACUUUUUAUAUCAAGCUCAAGGCAAUACCUUCAAAAGAAUUUGAUGAAUGUAUACCGUUAUCACGAGACAACCGUCCAGAUGUCUUUUAAGAUUUAUUAAUCACCAAAUUUUAAACGAUGUAACUGGUCCUGUGGAACAUUUCCUGGCGUAAAUCGUUUUUGCAUACUUAUAUAAUACAAUUUUUAAAAACAUUUUUGCUACACAUAUAAUGUACUAUUAUGCUCAAAGAAAUGUAAUCAACAAAGAAGUUGCCUUUAAAAAAUAAUACGCGCACAUACUUUUUGCAAAGAAAAAGUAAAAUAGAAAUUCUUAUGUACUUUUAUACAUCAAACUGAUAUUAAAAUGCAAGUUUGUAAAUAUUUUUGUAAUAUAUAAAAUAACGAGCGUCAUGCAAAGUAAUUAUAUUGCAUACUUUAUAUUCGCCAAUCAUAUGAUUAGUUUACCAAUGUGAUGUUUAAACGAAAACGGUAUGUAGAUUACAUAUUAUCACUGUGUAUUUCAGACCAUUACAAAUCUAUAAUUUGGUGUAAUAUCAAUUUAUAGUUCAACAAGGUGAAAAGUCUUUUGUAUGUUUUGCGGACUUGUAAAUAAUGUGCAUUUUACUAUUGAUAAGUUACAUAAAACGCCCUAAGCAUGUUGGUUUUUUCAUUUGUAAAAAAAGCAGAAAGCUGCAUAAAUUGCUUAUGGCAAAUAAAUGCAAUAUAUUCAAAAA